CAAUGGAGACUGUUGCUAAGGAACGUCAGAAUGCCGACUCUUGCCCAAUCAGCGGUGGUGAGAUAUGUCACGUGUUUCAAACAGCCCAAUCACAGGGAGGCUAGCUGUUGAGCUGUUAUUUAGCUUCUAUCCAACGGACUUUCCGUGUAAAUAUCAGAGUAGAGCUGAUUUCUCCGGAGAGGAUCAGGUUUAUCUGCGGGUUUAAACGGCUGGUCUGUAUUUUGCUUCAUGAACAAAGCCAUGAGGAACCUGUCCGGUUCGCCCCGGGUGCAGGUCCACGUCAGUAAUGCCGAAGCACUCUACCUGCAUGUGAAGAGGACGGGUCCCAGCGAGAAGUCUCAGCGGACGAUGAGCGAGGACAGAUCGCCGCUCCGUCCGUCCGCCAACGUCAAAACGCGGCUUCCAUGGAUUCCUCCAGGAAAGACUUCCUACAAAUGGGAGGGACCGACCCACUGCCUGGAGAUCAAGCCGCCAGAACCGGAACCAGAACCUGAGCUGCGGCUGUCUGACCUCACCUCAGAGGAUGAGCAGCGUCUGCGCGGCCGCAUCAGCCAGUAUGAGAAGAAGAUCGAGAGCCUGAUGAGCGAGGUCAGCUCUCUGAAGACCGAGGUGGAACACCGCAGGAAGGAGCAGGUCCUGGGCCGCAAGUCGGAGCAGCAGGACGUCUCCCAGCGAGUGACCACCAAGCAGGAGGAGGAGCUGGGCGAGGAGAGCAAGGAGCUGCAGGAGUGGAAAAACAGCCAGCUGCGGGAGUCCAUAGGGAGGAUACUGCAGGAGAACAGACAGAGCAGUCCAGAUGCUUUUCCGAAGGAUCCGGAGCUGUUGCUCCAGAAGCUGAGGGAAGCAGAAGCUGACGCUGCUGCAGCCGCUAAGCAGGUUUCUGCUCUGAAGGAACACGUCUGCAAGUUGGGCGACUCGCUCAAAAACAAGCUGAUGUGGUCCGGUCUGGACCAGCAGAAGGAGCUGCUGCUGGGGAAGCUGGAGGCGUUCGAAGUCACCAACCGAGCCCUGCGCCAUCUGCUGCGGGAGCAGCGCGAGUCCCAGAUGCAGUCCGUCGGCCUGUCGGAGCAGAGGAAGGUUCUCCUGAAGUCGCUUGCUGACAUGGAGGCCUGGAACGCCCUGCUGGUUAAGAAGCUUCAGGAGAAGGAAAAGGAGCUUCAUCAACUCUCCACCCAGCUGGACUCUGAGAAGGAGAAUGCGAGGAGGUCGGCGGAUUUGUCCCGGAAUCUGGACGCCACCAGAGCUCGACUGCAUGGUCAGCUGCGGAGCAAAGAGGCCGAGAACAACCGGCUCAUCGUGCAGAUAAAGAAUCUGGAGCGGGCGGCCAAUCAGCAGCUGGCGGAGGCGGACCAGGUGGCGCAGCAGCUGGGCCGGGCCAAGCAGGAGGCACAAGAGGAGCAGGAGGCGCUGAAGCGGGCCAGCCAGGCCCAGAAGAAGCGGGUGGAGCGCUGCGAGGGCACAGCGGGUCAGCUGAGCGCACAGCUGCUGCAGAGGGAGAAGCAGGCCGCUGAGGCUCUGGCUUCAGCUGACGCCUGGCAGCGUCGCCAUGGAGAGGAAGCAGAGGAGAAGGGUCAGCUGGAGGUGGAGCUGAACCUGCUGACCGGCCGGAUAUCGGAGCUGACCGAGCAGCUGCAGGCCGUUCAGGAAAAAGGUCGGCUGGAGAAGCAGGCGCUGCUGGACCGGCUGCAGGCGGUGACAGAGCAGAAAGCCUCUGGCCAGCUGGAGACCAAGAAGCUGAAGGCUGCCGUGUCGGCGGCGGAGGAGAAGCUGAGCCGCACUGAGGCGGAGCUGCAGCAGGUCAGAACCUCCAUGAAGCAGUGUGAGGUUCUGCUGGACAACUACAAGAUCCAGGUGGGGAACACGCGGGCCGAGGCGGAGCAGGCCCGGGCCCAGGUGGCGCAGGCGGAGCGGGACGCCCAGGCCGUCCGGGUGGAGCUGGAGAGGGAGAAGGAGCAGAUCCGGCGGGAGCUGCAGGGCCGGCUGUCGGAGCUGGAGGUUCUGCCGGAGGCUCUGCGGCGCUGCCAGCUGCAGCUGCAGGAGGCGCAGGAUGAGGAGCGCAGCCGCGAGAGGCGCAACCUCGAGCUGAGCGGCAACCUGACGGACCUGCGGCUGAAGGUGGACACCCAGGCGCGCCAAACGGACCUGCUCCGGCAGAAGAACCAGCUGCUGAUGGAGGAGAACCGGCAGCUCCAGCUGAAGGUGGAGUCUCUGGACAGGAAGCUGAGCGACGUCUCCAACCAGAACUCGGACCUUCUGACCGUCAUCUCCAAACGGGAGAAGACCAUCCGCACCAAUCAGCUCUCCCUGGAAGAAAAGACCAGAGAGUGUUCGCUGCUGAGCCGGAGGCUGGAGGAGGCUGUGAACGACGCGCGCCAGCAGAUCUCAGAGACCAGAGAACGUGCAGCCAACAAGGAGCGCUCCACCCAGACCACCAUCAUGGACCUGGAGGAGCAGCUGAGCCGGACCGCCGCGGAGCUGGAGCUGCUGGGCCGCAACAUAGAGGAGGCGGAGAGGCGGUACCAGAGCCGCCUGCAGGACCUCCAGGACCGCCUGGAGCAGUCGGACAGCACCAACCGCAGCCUGCAGAACUACAUCCAGUUCCUCAAAGCGUCCUACGCCAACGUGUUCAGUGAUGGGCUCCUCAGCCGGCCCCGGCGCUCCCCGUCACCUGUCUGAAACACUCCUCAUCACCACGGCAACGGAUACUGGAAACCAAACCAAUCAUCACCACAUCCAUAUUAGAAACAUAAAGUAUGAAUUAUUUUAA